GAGUCUGCUCGUCGCUCAGCUGAAGCUCCGCAUAGGCUCUUUCUGUGGUCGCCGGUUAGCAUCAUGGCCAACGUCGUGGACACCAAGCUGUACGACAUCCUCGGAGUUUCACCAUCUGCCUCCGAGAAUGAGCUCAAGAAGUCCUACCGCAAAUUGGCCAAAGAGUACCAUCCGGACAAGAACCCUGAUGCUGGAGACAAGUUCAAAGAGAUCAGCUUUGCAUAUGAAGUACUGACAAACCCAGAAAAGAAGGAGCUUUAUGACCGCUGUGGAGAACAAGGGCUACGAGAUGGAGGAGGCGGAGGGCCUGGCAUGGAUGAUAUCUUCUCUCACAUUUUUGGAGGAGGACUUUUCGGGUUCAUGGGGGGGCAGGGCAGAGGACGCAACGGAGGCAAGAGGAGAGGAGAAGACAUGGUACACCCUCUGAAAGUUUCUCUUGAAGACCUCUACAAUGGCAAAACCACCAAACUGCAGCUUAGCAAGAACGUGCUCUGUGGUGCCUGUAAUGGUCAGGGGGGUAAGGCAGGAGCAGUGCAGAAGUGUGUGGCAUGUCGAGGACGAGGCAUGAGAAUCAUGCUCAGACAACUGGCCCCUGGGAUGGUCCAACAGAUGCAGUCAGUCUGCACAGACUGCAAUGGAGAAGGUGAGGUGAUAAAUGAGAAGGACCGCUGCAGAAAGUGUGAGGGUCAUAAGGUGUCUAAGGAGACGAAGCUUUUGGAGGUGCAUGUGGACAAAGGCAUGAGGCACGGACAGAAGAUCACGUUCACUGGGGAAGCUGACCAAGCACCAGGCGUUGAACCAGGAGAUAUAGUCCUGGUGCUGCAAGAGAAGGAUCAUGAGGAAUUCCGCCGUGAUGGCAGUGACCUUCACAUGGUCCAACGCAUCGGCUUGGUUGAGGCUCUGUGUGGCUUCCAGAUGACGGUCGCACACCUGGACGGACGUCAGCUGCUUGUUAAAUACCCACCUGGCAAGGUCAUCGAGCCCGGCUGUAUUCGAAUGGUGAAGGGCGAGGGAAUGCCUCAGUACAGAAAUCCUUUUGAGAAAGGAGACCUUUACAUCAAGUUUGAUGUCCAGUUCCCUGAAAACAACUGGAUCAGCCCUGAAAAACUGAAUGAACUGGAGUGCUUGCUGCCUGCUCGUGCUGAGAAUCCAGUCAUCGCAGCUGAUGCGGAGGAAGUUGACCUGACAGAUUUUGACAAGAGUCAAGGGUCCGGAAGUGGAGCCAGGAGAGAGGCCUACAACGAUAGCUCAGAUGAGGAAGGGGGCCAUCAUGGCCCAGGGGUGCAGUGCGCACACCAAUAGAAAGACUCAUCCAUAAAGACAUGCACAUACAUAAAAGCAUAGAUACAUGACCAUCCCUCAAGUCUCGUUGCUAACACUGUUCAAGGCUUGAUGCGCAUACAUGCACAUUUCUCUCCUUUCAUGAUUCCCAUGAAAAAGAGAUAAACACACAUACAUAUAUACGCAUACCAACCCUCCUCAGUUCCAUGGUGCCCAUAAGUCAGAGAGAUGCUGGACGUGUGAUGACCAUUUCUGUGUGUAUGGACAGUAGUGCUCAUCAAAACCUCUGCAAGAAGGUUCAUUGACUGCUCAAUGCCUCCCUGUUUUCAUCCCAGGCUUUUCCCUUUCACUGAGGGAAACACCCGUCUAGUGUAUAAAAUGCAAAUAAUGUUGACUAUCUUGUAUAUGGUGUAGUUUAGUCUCACUCAAGCGCAUGCUGCUUCUCGCCGAAGGUCUUGCACACGUAGAUCCAAGGUUCGGACACAACAGAGAAAUUUGACACUACACCUGUGUAAAUUUCAGUGUGUCCCCGCUAUCAAAGUGUCCUGCUGUCAUAAGAGCCGAACUGAUUACAGCCCCUAAAGAGUGUCCUCUUCACAGCCCAGCUGAGAGCCGCACGUUUCACCACCUCAUCCCCCGACAUGAACUCUCAUAUUUAGAAAAAAAAGAGGCUUGCUGGUUCUGCUCAGUCCCCAGCCAUCACAUCGCUACAAUAUUAAAGCCUUGAGGGUUGCACCUGUAAGCCAGGCGCCAUGUUUUCUUAGUUCGGAAAUUAAGAUUUCUUUUUUUCUCUUUGUUGGUUUGAAUGUUCAUGUGUUCGAGACCACAGAGCUUGAAGCUAACUGUACUCUUCAUUUGAGUUGCAGACACACUUGUGUAAUUUGUAUGUGUGUAAUGCAGUGACUCAUUGUGUGGGAGCUGCUGUUGAAUGUUCAGGUUUAUUAGUGUGAUAGAUCCUUCUGCGUUUUGUUGGACUGCAGUGUGAGUGGACAAUAUAUAGGGUCAAAUACGAGGAAAAAACUGAAUGUUGAUUUGCUGAGAGUCUCUCUCUCUCGUAGACAUGUCUCUUUUUUUCCCUUCUGCUCACCAGGACUGAGAUCCUCCUCUCAGACAGGAACACCACCGGGACCGCACCAAACCCCCUCUUUACUAUACAUUUCCCUGCAUCGUAGAGUUGUCAGCCACACCUAUGUCCUUUGACAUUUUAUCCCCAACCCCCUCCAUACCUGUAAAUAAAUACAGCCACAGUCCAUAGGUGCAUUCAGAGUCUACAGCAGUGUCCUUCCUGUCAUCCCAAGAGGAUUUCUUACACAAAUGAUUUACGGCCAAUAUAUAAAUAUUAAGUUCAUGUGAAAAAGAGUGGACGGAACCUCUGUAGACUCUACAAAUUCACCUCUGCGGCCCAUCGUGUAUGUAAUUUAGGCCACAUGGGAUUCAUAUGUACACAACUAAAGGGGGGUCACUGAUUAAUGACGUUACUGUUGAUGCUUAUGUUUGUCGAAGAUAAUUAAACUAUAAUAAACAGUCGAUACAA